AGAAUAUAAAGGAAGAUCGAAUCGAUAGGGAAGUUCAGUUGGAUCAUGCUUACCGAACUAAACGUCACUAAGCUGCGAUACAUGGUUGCAGUCGUUUCGUUUCGCACAAGACCAUGGAGGUACCGAAUCCUUGAUGACGAGGUGGGAGGCAGUACGGUGGUAGCCGAGGGUGUAGUAAGCGGCAUAAAGGGCCCAGGCGGCGGGUGCCGCGCAUCCUCGAUGACGAUGGCCGAGAGCGCCGUGGAGGACGCUGCAGCCGCGCCCCCGGGUCCGGCCAAGCCGCCGCCGCCCUCCUGCACCAACAACAACACCCUGGCAGCGACUGCGAACCGCAAUCACCGGAACCUCCGUAAGCGGAAAAGGCUGGACCAAGUGCUGGACAUCCUGCAACAUCGGAGCUCACCGUCCGAAGGAGAGGUUCUGAGAUUCGAGGGUAGCGGCCCGGCGUCCGAGGAGGAGGAGGAUGUAUUCGGUUCCCCGAGGUCGUCCUCGAGAUCGGCCGCAGAUCCACCGUCCAGCAUGAGGUGGAAGAGGCUGAAGAGGUUGAAGAGCGAGGAGCCGGUGACGCCGAGUGAAGAGGAGGGUGGCGCGAACGAUGCCGAUCAGCAACAAAAUCAUCACCCCCAUCAUCCCUCGCACUAUCACCCCCAUCACCAUCGCCACCGGCACAGGCAUCACCACAGGAACAACGCCAACCAUGUAUAUGACCACCUCCAUCCAUCUCACCAGAGAUCGUCCGCACCGAAGUAUCCCGGCUGCACCUGCGUCCAGUGCUCCCAGACGGCCACCCCGCCGAUGGUGCUACCCUCGCCGACCUCUCCGUUGACGCCGCUGACUCCGCUCACGCCGCUCACUCCUCUCAGCCUGCCGCCGCUCACGCCGGGAUCCCUGUCGUCGUACAGCUUCGAGCACUACAUGCACACCAAGUACCUGCCCGACAUAUUCAGAGGCCGCAGUCACUCUGACUCGGACCUGGUGCCGGGAUGGGACCAAAAACCACCGUUGUCGACCUCAUCCGUGUUCGUAAACCAUCCGCUGAGAAGCGGCUCCCUGGAGAGCGACACCACGAGCCCCCAAGAGUCGCCGUUGGACCUCUCGAUGAAGAACCUGAUGGCAACCGCGGCAGCUGCGGCCGCGGUCUCUGGCAGACCGCCCGCACUCCAGCUACUGCCACCCGGUAUCGUGUCCAGGGGCUCCGUGAGCGUGCCGGUGGUGAAGGGCGACGUCGCAUCACCGACGACUAAAGAGAGCGUCGCCGUCCGCUACAAUCUGGAGGUCUCGCCGGUGGUGGAGGAGAUGCCGCCCGGCGCCGACGUCGCCUACGUCUGCCCGGUUUGCGGUCAGAUGUUCAGCUUGCACGAUCGGCUGGCGAAGCACAUGGCGUCCAGGCACCGCAGACAGGGCCCGCAGGACGCGUCCGCGAAGGCGUACCUAUGCGACGUAUGCAAAAGGAGCUUCGCCAGGUCGGACAUGCUCACUAGACACAUGAGGUUGCACACGGGCGUCAAACCGUACACGUGCAAGGUAUGCGGCCAGGUGUUCAGCAGGUCGGACCACCUGAGCACCCAUCAGAGAACACAUACCGGCGAGAAGCCGUACAAAUGUCCACAGUGCGCCUAUGCCGCUUGCCGUCGGGACAUGAUCACCAGGCACCUGAGGACCCACGCGAGAUUCCCCGACGUCCCGACCCCGAAGAGUGAGCCCGGCCUCCUUGCCGGUGAAGACAGCCCCACGUUCCCGCAGGAGAUGGCCUCGCCCUCGACUACCAUCAAGGCCGAAUGACGACGGCCCGGUGGAUGACCCGAUCGGGACGCGGUCCGUCGCGGAUCUUGGGGGAGAGACGGAUCUCCGGCCGCGUUCGCGAGCACCCAGGGCGGCGGCGACAAGUCGUGGCGACGUCGACGACGGUGCAGGCGUUGAAGAGGACAACGGUGAACGGCGAUUUUAUCGAAUUACCCCAACUUUAUCCUCUAACCUUACGGUUUCGAAGAGACCGCUGGUUUAGGGGAACACUCUCCCGUUGUCUACUUUCGGGAAACUGUCCCCGCGUGUUGUCUGACAAUUGUCUCGCCGAUCUUGGAAUUUCCCGCGAACCCGUUUCAAGCUUGUCACAGUAUUAUCGUAUCUCUUCGUCUUCCCCGUUGCUUCCUCUCCGAACGCGAAAUAUUCGCCGGAGUUCGUCGCCGCACGUCGGAAACGUUGCCACCGCGAGAUCGUUCCAGCAAUGCUUAAACCUCCGUCGAGUUCUUCGCGAUGCAGUUUCAACCCUUUCGUUACACGGACACAUUUUACGGAUGAACUCGAUUCGAGUUUGUCAACCACUGUAUUUACGGAUAUUCGGAAUUGAAGAGUUAUUAUUAAUGAAUCAUCUUUUUUCAAAAUCUGGAAAAUGUGACGAACUCCUCCGUAAAUCCAGUGUCGAAUCGUGCGAAAUUUCAGGAGGUGACUACACGUUGACGAUCGUCAGUGACGGAAGGGUCGAAAAACGCAAAGUUCAGUAGCUUUACACGGAAUUUAGUUUUUAGUUACUGCCAAGAGAAUUUGUGUUUGUUUUUGUUUUUAGUUGAAUCUCUGAGACACCGUUAACGUUCUCUUCCGUUGGAAAAUCGGAAAAUGUGACGCUUUCGUGGCUUUCAGGCGUCGCGUUUCGUAUUCUUUGGCUUCGACAUUGCUCGACGGACGAUCAUUGUUGGAGUUUCCCGAUCGCGUGGUCUCGAUCAAAGGAUUUCUGUGUUUUCAUCAACGCAGCCGGACUGGAUACGCGAUCCGAAUGCAUUCCCACGCGACUUCACCUCGAAUAUUCAUGAAAACGGUGCUCGAAGACGUCGGUGUCAGUACACGAUCGGUACGAUCGAUCGCUGGGAUCCAAGAGUGAAACCUUGUGCCAAAUUUUGCCUGUCGAGAAAUCCACUUGGUUGUUUGCCGUUUAAUCAACCGUUGUUACGCGAUUAAGAAAAGAAAAACGAAAGAAAGGAACGAUUUUUAUCGGUGAAUCAUCGAAUCGUCGGCGUUAUUCUCGGAAAACUUAUGUGUCGUGGUCGUGGUUGUGUCGUCGUCGCUCGUGAUCCAUUGAAAUCGUCAGUUCGCCGAUUAAAAUACGCUCGUCACAGAGGGACGACUGUUCGAACGCGAAACGCACCGAGCAUCGAUCGGUUUAAUUGUUAAUCGACUAGGAAUAGAAUGUUUUUUAUUGCGCGUUGCGAAAUUCCUCUUGAAACCGUGUCGUGAUAUAUUUAUAUCGAAAUUUAUUGUUACUCGCGACCGAAACCGCUGUAAACGUUAUAAGAGCUUCGAGGAUGACUGGUGGGCGCGAGAAGACGCGAAGAUUAGGAGCUGAAGAGCGUGCUCGGCUCACGGCGAAGAAAGGGAACUAAAAAAAAGGAAAAAGAAAGAAAGAAAGAUAGAAAGAAAUGAAACGAAUAAUGGAAUAAAACGAACGUAAUCGUACCUGCAGAAUGAAAGAAACUUAAAGCAUAAUAAAUCGUCUAGACGUAACGUUAAUUAGUGGGUAAUAUUGAUAUUAUUAUUGCGUUUUUUAUUAUUACGAAUAUUAAUAUUAUUAAUUAUUAAUAAUUAAUAUUAUUCUCAUUGUAUUUGUUGGCGUGAGAAUGUUGCGACGCGUGCGAAGGAGCAGAGAAAUAUUUUUUUACACGCCGUCGGACGGGCUCCGUGAAUCGAGCCGAGGAACGGGCGGAUAAUGAAAAUAUCGGUGUGAAAGGUCACCGAGCGCAGUGCGCGUCGAAUUUAUUUAACGAUUCAACGUUUAUUCGAAACGACGAUUUUCGAUUGACUGGAAUCGCUUGUUCCACUCUCAAUCCUUUUGCAGGACCCGUCCGAUUCUCUCGAUCGUACACUAUUGAUCGAUUUCUGAGCGUAUCCCGACGAAGUGUUGGUCGAUUUCAACGAUAUUCGGAUCCACGAUGCUUCGGGACAGUCCCUCGAAAAUACUCACCACUUCACAGGCGUAUAUGGUGUUUCGCGGUUCGAUGCGAUCUACGGGACAGUCACAGCCUCGAAAACCCUCUUUGACCGACGUCCUCGAGUUUCCGUGGUCGAGGAAAGAGUUCACCGAUCGCUCGAGAUCCUUUGACGUUUAUCAUUCACUAUCGUUUUUUUCGUUGAACCUCGAAACGAAUUAUCUUUCUUAGGAUACACUUAAUAUAUCACUAUACAGGAAUAUUCAUUUGAUUUUAUUCCCAAUUCUUGUUUGUAUUCUCUAUUUUUUAUUUAUUUGUGUCUUCUUAAUGUGGCAGAAUUUUCAAUUCCAAGAAAUAUAUUGGAAAACAAUACAGAUGGCUGGUAUAUUUCCUAUCAGAAACACUCUUCACUCCCUGUUCUCGUGUUUUUCUCUGUAACUUUUGUUCACGUUCGUAACACACCUUACAUGAUUCCUUACUUUUACGCUACUGUCAUCGUUACGCAUGAAAUAGAUUUCUAAAUUUUAGUCACACGUUUCCACUUUUAUAAUUAGUAAUGCAAUAUACGGGACAAACGAUCAUGCGUGUUGUUGGUGGGGAAGUGAUCUCGAGCGGUCAGUCGACUUUUAUUAAGACCAUAGCGCCGAUUCCGGCUAGAACUCGGUGUCACAGGGUAAAAUAUCCUUUAACGCGUUGACCGCCACAAGAAUUUUCAACAUUUUAUAUAUUUAUUUAUUCUUACAUAGCAACCAUAAAAAUAGAGAAUAAAAUCCUACAAACUAAUCAAUGAUUUGGUAUCACAGUUGUUACGUUACACUACUAUUUACCCACUUUGCUAAAUAUUUUUAUUUCCCAUCGUAAUUGUCUCCAAGCAAUAUAGAAGCAUCGGUCACCAGCGACCACCAUGGAAGUCAACGUGUUAAUCGGUAUAUACGAUGAUAGUCGAACGGAGACACGAGCCGUCGACGUAUCCAUUGGACACGAUUUCGCGCGAACCAAGCGCGAGCCACAAUCGAACCUUGCUCAAUCUCGACCGUUUUGCCUUCUCCCUUGCCAUAACUCGCUCAUUGUCCGGUGGAUUCGCCGUCCGUGGCCACAGUUCAGAGGCGAAAAGUGAUGCACUUAUAUCGUGGCCCACUCCCAAAUGUUUUCCUUUCUGCUUUCAUCUUCCUUGGACCGUUUCUUUUUCUUUGUCUUUGAAUCACGCGUACGGCGCUCCUUACAAAGGACGCUCGUACUCGUCGCACAGUAAAACAGACGGACAGACGUACAAACGAACAGGCGAACAGAAGGACAGAUUGUAAAGCAGGAAAACACGGUGGUAAUGGUGUGCGUGACCCGCGCCAUGGGUAUGUAUAUCUGUAUUUUUGUAUACCGAGGUUUUUUUCUAAUUAGUCUCUACCGUUUAAGCGUCCCCCCGCGCAGGGGAGGAACGGAACGAGCAAUUAGCCAUUAAGGAGAAAACUGUCGCUCUCUGCUUGCCAUUUUUAACUUGCCUCUGUCGAUCGAACGGGAUUACUCGGAAGGUGGCUUGUCGGAGAGACAAGGAGGUCAAGAAGGAGGGGACCUCGGGACGGAAGGCCUCUCGACGGUUUAGGAGAGCCACGACGCGAUGCGUGCGCCGAUCCAAGAAUUCUUUCGGUUUCUCGAGCACCCUUCGUUAACAAUAGAACCACCGAACAGACAAAUCGGCUUUUCGAAAUUUCCCUACGGAAUCUCCGAGAGUGCAUCUAUUCAGAUUUCAAUUGAUUCAGUUUGCGUACUACUAAAUCAGUUUCUUCAGUACUUUCUCUGAAAAGCAUCUAUACUUGAUGUUUGAUGUUAAUCGUUUCAAUAAUGGCAAAAAGAAGACAUCAGUCGAGAAAAGAAGAAAAUGAGUCGUUUCGACCAGUCUGGUGGUUCUAGCGUUGAACUCCUUUCCUUUAUCCCGUCGUCUCGUUCGCGAGGACAAAAAUGAAACGAACAGAACGAACAAAAACCGAAAGAUAUUGCGAAUCGGAAACUCGGCGAAAGUUUUGCUAAUUGGCACAGUGUUAUCGUCGCUCCGCAUCCCGACGUCCCUCCCCGAUUCCAGUGAUUCAGCCUUAAAACUGGGGAGAAUCUCUCGCUCGCGAGACGCCCGUUCAACGCACGAAAUGAAACGAAGUGUGAGUAGAAGAAGAUGAAGAAGGGAAACGAUGCGUGAAACACGUUCGACUUGUCUUCGGGCAAUUAAGCGAUCGCCGUGCCAGACAACCAGUUCUUGUAAUUAUUAACACAUUCGUACGAUUAUAAUUAUUUCUAUUAUUAUUAUUAUUAUUAUUAUUAUUAAUAUUAUAUUAUUAUAUUAAUUAAUUAUUAUUAAUUAUUACGCCCUAGUUACGUUGUUAAGUGGAUUAAUCAUGUUUAAUGCUUCUAUUAUUUAUUUUGUUAUCCUAUUUGCAAGUCAAGCUUCCUAUUUUUUCGCCCCAUCUAUUACAUUCGCUACUCCCGACCCUGGCCCUCUUGUUCCUCGUUUCAUCGAAUUACCCCAGUCCCCCUCAGCCGAAACGAUUUCGUCGUCGGAAGGAUGGAGAAGAACGCAGUUUCAUUUGUUUCGCGUGCACGGAGUGUCGCGCCUGCAUUUAUAGGAAAGGGGGGACGUCCGUAUUCGUUCGGUUUGCGCGGGUCGUUUCGGCGUCGGUAUUGCAGCCGAAUUUCGAGCUUCUUCUCCAGCCGUCCGACCGUUCCCUUUCCCGUUGGGUGAAUGAAGGAGAAACUGAAACGGAACGAUGGGAACGGCUAUCUCGAUAUCCUGUUGUACCCCGAGCGAAAAAACGCGACCCGUUCAUGUUUUUUUUCCAUUUUGUAAACA